AUGGGUCGAAUCGAGGCGAUUUUCCGAUUACAACUCUUCACUGUGUAUUUCUUUUUCAUCAAAUUCUUUGUAUUCCUUCAAAAUCUCUAUCGAAGACUCGUAAAGAUCGAUGAGAUUCCGGAGGGGAAAGCUCGACUUUCUUCGAUUCUUUAUCGACAAAAACGAGACAUUGAAGAGAUCGCUCGGGAGAUCGACUUUCUGACCGUGCACAACUCAUUUGUUGACACGAAGCUUUUAGAGGGAAAUUACUGGACAUUGUAUUCAUUGACAAAGGAUUUUGCCUAUUUCGUUCUUUUGCCUAAGCCAGUCACUUAUUAUAAUUCGCAAAGAAGUCCGUUUGUCUACGUUCAAUUAUUCGAUGAGGCUUUACUAUUGGCUGAAAUGAGUCGAAAAGAAUUUGAGCGAUUUGCUGGAGAAUUGGCGAAAAACCCUCAGCCUGAGACGAUCUACUACACCAAUACGGCACGCUGUGGCAGCACUCUCUUGGCGAAGAUGUUGCACUGUGAGGGGAAAUCCCAUUGCACCGCCGAGCCCUAUCCGAUUCCAAAUCUCAGCAUCGGUCUCGAUGAGGGUUAUUUCACUCGUGAGGACGUGAAAACCCUGUUACCCCAUGUGAUCACCGUUCUCCGGAAAGACGUCCCAGUUGAUCAAGUUUUCAUUCUCAAAACAGAGUGUACAGGAGUCCGUCUGGUCGAGUUUACCGACGAAAUCCCGAAUUUCCGAAAUCUUUUCUCUUUCCGCAAAAAUGGAAUCGACUCGGUGGAGAGGAUUUUGAAAAGAGAAGAAAUCGGAGACCUAUUGACAGCGAUUUAUUUGGCCUCUCCUCAACUCUGCAAUUGGAUUUAUGGAUUUUUGAGUGGAAUGGAGGGGAAACAUUAUCAAAGAUUGAAGCCGGAUACGGAUAAGAAACGAUCUGCUAUUGUUUACGCUGCUCCCUAUGGAACAUAUUUGAAAAAUGAGGAGAGAUUUUUGAUGCCUUGUGUCUGGUUUCAUGAUAUCAUUCACAACACGGAGGGACUUUUGAGGGAAAUCUUUCGAAAUAUUGGAAUCCCGGAAGAUCUGGCAGUUGAACAAGCAAAAUGGAAAGGAGAAGACUCACAGAAGGGAACGUUCUUGAGUCAGGAAGCUCUGCGCCACAUUGAAACCCCGAUGAUGAAAGAGAACGAGAGAAAUUUGAUGGAAGAAUAUGCGACCGUUUUGGGUGUACCCCUGGAGACGCUAUUAUCGAAAGAAAAAGAUCCAAUCAUCGAAAAGAAUCCAAAAAUC